UAUAAUCACAAAUGAUUUGUGACAUAUUUAAUGCAUUGUCUAUUUUAUCUUCACUCUCCACUACCUAAAAAAAGAAACAGCCCAAGACUAAAAAGCUGAAGAACAAGUUAAGUAACAAAGAAACAGAGAAGAGAACACACACAAAAAUGAGAGAAGAAAAGGAAGACGAGAAGGCGAAGCUGGCACUUGUGUUAGCUGCAAAGUCGAGAUCGUUGUUGUACACUUCAUCUCCCGCAAGUCCACGCGUGUUCGCUUCUCCGAUUCACACUCUUGCCUCUGUUCCGUUUUGCUGGGAAGACCAACCAGGCAAGCCCAAGAACCCUCUCCGUCCCCUUUCUUACCCCAAGUGUCUUGACUUGCCUCCUCGUUUGCUCCUUCCUGGUGAGUUUACGCAAAUGCCCUUGUCUGAAAGGAAACAUGGUCCUUUCCGGUUCUUGCGAAGGAAAGGGAGAGGGGAUAGUGAUGUUGUUGUCAGGGGUAAUUAUGUCUUUCUGUCGGAGAAUCAGAGAGCAGGAGAGAUCAACGAGAAUAACAUGAAGAUCAUCAAGUUUAACAGAUCAGGGAGUUACCAUGGUUCUGUUAAAGGAUCUCACUUUUGGAAAGGUUUAUGCAAGGGACUGAAGCUAGCAAUGCCAUGGAAGAACAAGAAGCUAAGAAGCGAAAGCGUUUGAGCCUGUUACCAAGUGCAUUACAAGAGACAUCUUAUCAUCUUUCUAUUUAUCUGUCGAGGGAUCAAGAUGAUGUAAAAGAGCUAUUUAAGAGUGUAUGUAAGAUUUAUUAUAAUGAGAAACUAAUAUAUAUGUCUGAUGUAUAUAUAAAUAUAUAUAAUGUUAAGAGUCAUGAGCCAUGGCAACAAAGUUUUCAAGCUUCUUCAUUAAUGAAUACAUCUGAUCAAGUUCUGAUCAAGAGUGAGUGUACACACAUGCCUUUAUAUAAGUUUCAGAACAAAAACAUGAGUCUGCCUUAUUUCAUUUGCGAAUUAAAGAGUUAAAAAGACAAAAA